CCUGGCGGCGGCUUCCCCCGCGCGGGGCUCGUUGGUUUCGUCCCCGGACGCCCGCGCCUCCUCCGGGCAGAGCCCGACUUCGCGCGCGCCUCCGCCCGCCCGCCCCCCGCUCCUGACGUGGUGCGGACGCCCGUGACCCCCGCACCGGGAGGAGGGGCUCGGCCAACCGCGAGGGCCGGUCGACAGAAGGAUGCCACGAAGAAAGAAAAAAAUUAAAGAAGCCCCUGAAGCUCAGAGCUUGGAGAAGAAAGAUGCAGAAACUUCCAGUCCUGUCAGUGUGAGGAGGAAGCGUAAACUGGAGGAUGCACUCAUUGUGAUAUCUGAUAGUGAUGGAGAGGAACCACAGGAGGAAAAUGGAUUGCAGAAAAUGAAGACAAAACAGUUGAAUAGAGCAAAGUGUUUGGCUAAAAGAAAAAUUGCACAAAUGACAGAAGAAGAACAGUUUGCUCUGGCUCUCAAAAUGAGUGAGCAGGAAGCUAGGGAAGUGAACAGCCAGGAGGAGGAAGAAGAGGAGCUCUUGAGGAAAGCCAUUGCAGAAAGCCUAAAUAGCUGCCGGCCUUCUGAUGCUCCUGCUACCAGAUCUCAAGCUCUGGCCGUUGGGCCAUCUUCACAAUCCCACCAAGAGAAAACCAGAGACUCUGCGACCACUGAAGGCAUAUGGCAGCUGGUACCUCCAUCACUGUUUAAAGGCUCACAUGUCAGUCAGGGAAACGAGGCUGAGAAAAGAGAGGAGCCUUGGGACCACACUGAAAACACUGAAGAGGAGCCGGUCUCUGGCAGCUCAGGAAGCUGGGACCAGUCAAGCCAGCCAGUGGUUGAGAAUGAGAACGUUAAAUGUUUUGACAGAUGCACUGGCCACUUGGCUGAGCACACACAGUGUGGGAAGCCACAGGAAAGUACUGGGAGAGGAUGUGAUUUUCACGAAGCUGCCCAGGGUAGGGGGGACAUAUCUAGGCACUUUCUGCCUGCCUCAGCAGAUGCCAAAGGUAUCCAGAACAGUGGGGGCACUGUGCACUACUUCUGGGGUAUUCCAUUUUGCCCAGCUGGAAUAGACCCUAACCAAUAUACCAAGGUCAUUCUCUGCCAGUUGGAGGUUUAUCAAAAGAGCCUGAAAAUGGCUCAGAGGCAGCUCUUAAAAAAAAAAGGAUUUGGGGAACCAGUGUUACCUAGACCUCCUUCUCUGAUCCAGAAUGAAUGUGGCCAAGGAAAUCAGGCUAGUGAAAAAAAUGAAGGCAUCUCAGAAGAUAUGGCAGAUGAAGACAAAGAGGAGGAGAGGCAAGAGUCUAGGGCAUCUGUCUGGCACUCAGAAACCAAGGAUUUCCAAGAAAGUCCAAUUAAAAGCUUGAAAGAGAAACUUUUGUUGAAGGAAGAAUCAGCAACCAGUCAUGGUCAGUCUUCCCAAGGUCUAUUUGCUGAGGAAACUUCUGAAGAAGGAAACUCUGACCCUGCCCCACAAAGCAUUGCUGCUUUGACUAGUAAGAGAAGCUUAGUCCUUAUGCCAGAGAGUCCUGCAGAGGAAAUCACUGUGUGUCCUGAGACACAGCUAAGUUCCUCUGAAACUUUUGACCUUGAAAGAGAAGUCUCUCCAGGUAGCAGAGAGACCCAGGAUGAAGUAACAAUAAUAACGUCAGAUAAGGAGGUUGGCAACAGGGAAGAUGCUGAGAAGGAAAUACCUUCUUCUUUCUCAUCUAGUACCAAGGUAUCCUGCCCACUAUGUGACCAACGCUUCCCACCCACAAAGAUUGAGCGACAUGCCAUGUACUGCAAUGGGCUGGUGGGGCAAGAUAUAGGUUUUUCCAGUAGGCUGGAAGCAACGAGGAAGAAGAGGAUAUCUACCCCAACCCCAGUGUUGACUUGGAGACAAAUAGAGGCCCAGAGCAAGAGGGACAGUGGAAUAGUGGCCCAGACUUCCUUAGACAUUGAGAAGAAUGAGAAGUGUUAUCUGUGUAAAUCCUUGGUCCCAUUCAAAGAGUACCAGUGUCAUGUAGAGUCCUGUCUCCAGCUUGCAAGGCAUGACCAGGGAGACGGGCCUGCAGAGAGUGGGAGAGUACACUCAGCUGAGGAGGGGAAGCAGCGGCAGUGGCUGAGGAACCCAAAGGAAAAAGGCCACAGUGAAGGCCGACUCCUCAGUCUCUUGGAACAGUCUGAGCACAAGACUGCAGAUGCAGAGAUUAAGACCAAGUCUUCAGAAACAGUGGCCUUCAGGGUACCCUCACCAGGGAUGGAAGAGGCAGGCUGCAGCAGAGAGAUGCAGAGUUCCCUUGCACAUCUCGACUUAAAUGAGUCUCCCAUCAAGUCUUUUGUUUCCAUUUCAGAAGCCACAGAUUGCUUAGUGGACUUUAAAAAGCAGUUUACUGUCCGGCCAGGCAGCCGGACACGGUCCAAAGCAGGCAGAGGAAGGAGGAGAAAAUCCUGAAUUUCUAGGGUCCAAAGGUUGACAAAACCAUUAGCAAUAAGGAUGGACCAUGGUCAUUAAGCUUUAGUGGCUCCCAGUUCAUUAUUGAGCAAGUUUUGACACGGCAUUUUGCACCACCAGCACUCACUCAGCAUUCUGAUUUUUGUGUUUUCUAUGAUCUAUACAGACAAUUGUGUAUAUAGUAUUCGGUUUUAUAACAGCCUGUUUGAAUUCACUUAUAGUUAAAAGAAAAUUUAAAUAUAUUUAUAUAUGUUUGUAUGAAAAGUUAUUUGAAUGAGAUGGAGAUCUU